AUGGGGAGCAUUCUCGCCAGUGUCAACAGAUAUCUAAAGGACCACGACUACGGAACAAACAUCAUGACCAGUGAUACGUUUAAGCACACCCGUGAUGUGGUUGCGACUAAAAGGAAAAUAUCCAAAUCCCACGGAAAAGGCAACAAGAAAAAUCGUGCAGAUCCAUUCACUGGUGAAGAGAUUGCAAUUUUGAAGCAAAAGGGGUUUCUUGGCAAUGAAACGCCUGAAGCUUUGUCUAACACUAUCUGGCUGAACAACAUUCUUCACUUUGGUUUACGUGGAAGACAGGAGCAUCAAACAAUGUUGUGGGGAGAUGUAGAGCUACUUACAACUGCAUCAGGGAGAGAAUACUUAGCUUUUACAGAGAGACUGACUAAAACAAGAAACGGCAUCGCUAGUGACCCAAGGGAUUUUGUGCCCAAAAUGUUCGCACAACCAGGAGACAAGGACUGUCCAGUAGAAAUGUACAAACGAUAUGCAGAAAAGCGCCCAGACAAGAUGAAGACCCCUGACUCUAGGUUUUAUGUUGGGUUGAAUCCUAACUACAAGCCAGGAAGUGACAUAAGCUGGUUCAUGAAUUCGGCGAUGGGCAAAAAACAAGUUAGGAACAAUUGCAAAAGUCAUGUCAGAGAAAAGCCAAACUGCCUGGUAGACAUACUAACCACAGUGGGAGGAAAACAACUGUUACAGAGCAACUAA